AUGGCGCCGUACCUGGCGGCUCUGCGAGACUGCCGUGGGAAUCAUGUCAGGAACCCUGUCGUGCUGGGCCCCUGGGCACCGAGGCACACCCCACAAGGCACCCUGGCUGUGGGGAGCCGAAACCAGCGGGUGGGGGGCGGACAGCAUGCGCACCACUCACAGGAGCCUUCAUCCCCCGGGCCACCUGCCCAAAGGAGAUCGGCCCAUCAGAACGGGGCGGCGGUGCAAGGGUUCCUGGGGCUGCCUGUCAGGCACCCGACAGAGUCUACAAGCCCUGCCGUGCUCUAUGGGUUAAUAUCAGCGGUGGAUACACGCAUCGACGUCGUUUAUCGAUCAUCUGAUGGCGCAUAA